AUGGCGGUCAACGACGUCAAGUGCAAUCCGUCUACUGACAUCCAUGAAGGCCUAUUAUGGCAAGAGGAGCGGGACCUACGCCGAGCUCUCUACGCCUCCAUCCAAGAAAACAAACCCAAAGAGGAUGGAGACUACAACAGCGAGGAGGAGGACAUGGAUCCCGAUGACUUCUCCAACGAGCCGUCCUCCGUACCCACCAGCAUGGACUACAGCAACAGCAUGGACUACAGCAACAGUAGCUCGAUGUGCUCCUGCGACGUCGGUCUAGAGUCGUGCCUGCUGCAGUCGUUGCCGCCGCCAGUCAAGCAGGAGACGGAGCAACAGAGCACCUGCAUGCAGCAGCGGCAAACAGAGACAACGACGAUGUCUCUACGGAAACACCAGGAUUCCACGUCGCUUUGUCGACUCGGGGACAUCAAACCUACUGUGUGUGAUAUAGAGCCAGAGCUGCAGCAGCCGCAGGAGCAACAGCAACAGCAGCAUUCGCCGCAAUUAACCCAACAGCAGCAACAGCAGCCGCGGCAAUUAACUACGUACAAACAGAGACAGACGGGCAUGUGCAAAGAGAGGAUCGGGUCGAUACAGGGUACUGUGGCCUCGACGAGAGAGCUGUUGUUGAGGAAAGGAUUGAGGGCCAAGAGGGGAAGGAAGAGCACCAAGGAGCUGGCUAGUCUCAACCUCUUGGCAGAGAAGGACUUUGGGCCUGGGUGUGCAAAACCAAAAAAGGCCGCCCGCCUAAGAGCGCAACGGAAGUUUGCCCAGUCGCUGCCCUGCAGUCCGAGCACCACGCCUUCUAAGAGCAGUCUGAGCAGCAGCAUGGGGAACAGCGGCAGCAGCAGCAGUGGCAGCAGCAACAAGGGAAUGCUGUUUGACUUUUGCCCAAACACCGAAGACUUCCUUACAUUCCUGUGUCUCAGAGGCACACCAGCACUACCUUCACACUUGAACUUCUUUGAAGUGGCAAGGGAACGGCGAGCCAAGAGUAAAGAAACGACCAGUACGGACAGCGAAUCCAGUACCAGUACUGAAAAGCGCAACAAGUUUGCAGAGAAUAAUUUUCACAUUCCUGGAGUGGAGCCCUUGUCGACUGGCACCUCAGACUUUCCAAACCUCUCCAGGUCUCGAGUAGAAGCAACCAAGAAGGCAAUAAGGAGAAGAAAGAAUGUAGCUUCAUCCAACAAAUCGUCCAUUCCACUCUCUACUGACGUUAACGGCAAUCCACAUUUACCUCCAUGUUUAUCGCCUAUACCCCCUCCCAUUGCUGCCAUACCAAGGUGUCGCUAUCCCCCGCCCCUCACCCCGAUCGAGCCGGUCAGCAACGUGGACGGCACAAAAUCCAAGAACACCAAAUUGACGAAACACAAAGCUGCAGGGAUGCCGUGCGCCCCGACAGGUGCCCUCAUGGGUAGACCAAACCAAAAACUAUCAUCAUCAUCAUCAUCUACCUCCAACAACAAAGUAGUGCGAGAGAAAAACUGCGCCCUCCUGAAGCCGGUCCUCAGGAACGGCAAGAGCAGGAAGUGCCCAGACAUUUCGGAACUCAAGUCUAAAGCCGUACGCACACUGAAUAAUAAUAAUUAUGCAAAACUGAAGAAGUCGCACAAGGUGAAUCCAAACAGGCUUCCCGGCCGGAAGAAGGUCGCCAAGCCGGUGGACGACAAGACUACAUUUGAGCCGCCCAUGCUACGAAACAAGCGCAAGAUCGUCACAGUGGAUGGGAUCUUUCCAAAGAUAAGCGACUACAAGCGACGCAAGCUGCAGGAGAUGACAGAGAAGCCUUCGUUGAAGCUCUUGCGGAACAGCAAACAGUGCCUCCAAAAGAAAUUACGCAACCACGUGCGGGCGACCGUGAACUCUAUCGCACUGAAUAGUAAACACAAACAUGUCAACAAUCACAUCAUCAACAACAACACUUUGGAGAUGCUCCCCUUGGACGGACCAGCUUCAAUUGUCAAACCCAUCCUAACAGACCCUGAAAUAAAUGCUCCAGUGCUGGUCACCGCCAAGAGAGGCAGAGGCCGUCCGCCAGGAUCAAAAAACAAACUGCUGCGAGCGAAGAAGAAUAAACAACGACCUACCAAAUCUACCUCAGUGGCCUGUGCGUGCAAGAGUAAGGUAACUGGGCAGGGAAAAGCGCCCUCCCAUGCACGUGUCGCAGGCCCCACUAUCAGUACUACCACCGCUUCCCAUAAUGCGCCAGUGUUUUUCCCGAGUCAGGAGGAGUGGAAGGACCCGAUAGCGUACAUCACCUCAAUUUCAGCCCAGGUGGCUCCCAGUGGAAUGUGCAAAGUUGUCCCUCCAAAAGGCUGGAUGCCGGAGUGCAAAUUAAAAGAUGACAUGAGGUUAAUGCCACAGAUUCAACGAAUACAUCGCCUUCAUCACAGAUGGGGUAGCAAUGUCCAGCAACUUGCAUGUAUCAAGAAGCAUCUAGCUGGCCAGGAUAACAACAUGACGUAUCCACCACAGGUUGGUGGGUGUGAAUUGGAUCUGGUCCGCUUCUCCAAAAUUGUUACCCAACAAGGAGGCCUGAAGACGAUAACGAACAAGAAACGCUGGAACAAGGUGGCUGAUGUGCUAAAGAUUCCAAAAAUGAUCCAGGGACGUAUUGUGAAGCUGGAUGGUAUUUAUUGCAAGUAUCUCUUAUCGUACGACACUCUCACCAAGGAGGAGAAAGAGAAAUUGUGUGCUGAAGUUGAGAUGGAACGAAAACGACAAUCAGGGAAGAGAGCAGCUAAAGACUGUCUUGAGGAGGACAGUUGUGGGAGUGUACUCGGCAAAGGACGCUCCGUCAAUCUCACCCAAUUCUGCAAGAUGGCUAAUAACUUUCAGAAGAUGCAUUUUAAGAAUGAGGCCACCCCAGCUGAAGUGGAGCGUGAGUACUGGCGGACUGUCGAGGGUGGGCAGAACCAUGUGGCUAUCCAGCGAGCAAACAUUGAUACUGCCAUCUCAGGAAGUGGGUUUCCCAACCGAAAAACUGACCCCUUUGCAAAACAUAAUUGGAAUCUAAACAACGUCGGCAAUAACCAUGGCAACCUACUACACCUGUUGCCCAGCAAGCGUUGCAUCAACCUCCCGGAGAUGAAGGUUGGUAUGCUGUACAGCACGGAGACAUGGAACUGUGAUAGACACGCACUGCCAAGGAUCGAGUAUCUACACACCGGCGCCCCUAGAAUACAUUAUUGUAUACCAAGAAUACAUCAAGACAAGGUGCUACAAGCUAUGCAGACCCUAGUGCCUAACCUGUGUGCUAAGAAACCAAAUUGCCUUCAUGAUAAAUCCUUCCUAUGCAUGAUACCGCCCCAAAGCCUGGCCGAGUUAAACAUUCCGGUGUACAGAUUGGAGCAGAGAUGUGGGGAGUUUCUAGUGACGCUACCGGGGGCCUGUACAUCUUCAGUCUCUUGUGGUUAUAACGUAGCUGAGAGCAUCCACUAUGCAACACCCACUUGGAUUCCUGCUGGCAUUCAAGCUUUCAAAAUCGCUAAGGAGCUACAUCAAGCUUCAGAGUUCUCCAUCGAACAACUCCUGAGUCUCCUUCGGUCCAAGUCUGGUAACAGCCUCAAUUGCAAGAAGCUACCUAAAGUACUACAGCCAGAACUAAGAGCCAUAAAGGAUCAAGAGCUUGAAGGUCGGAGGUGCCUGGCCGAGGUAGGCCUCAAUUCUUCCAUCCGAUUUGCGGAACCAGAGAGCCCGUCGAGGGGUAGAGAGAGACGCGGGAAGACACCCAUGCAAAACAGCGAGGAAAAACGCUGUUGCGUUUGCCAGCAGAUGUGCUACAUGUCCAUGGUACUUCAUGAGAAGGAAGGGAAGGUGUACUGCUUGAACCACGCCCUAGAGGUAGCGCAGAGGGGCAAACUUAACAGGAACUACAAGCUGAUGUACAGAUAUGAUGAGGGUCAGCUUGACAGCCUUGUGUGUGAUCUACAAUCUCUUAAUGAGAAGCAAUCUGUGAACAAGAGGUCCUCGCCCAGUCGCCGCAGUUUCCUAAGGAAACAGGACAGCAGCAGCAGCAGCAGCAAUGGUGGCAGGGACACCAGAUGACUGCAGGUGACCCUAACACCACACCAACCUUUCAUGCAAUCGCUACGCGACCAUCAAGGAAAUCAAAUACACUGCAAUAAAACCACCUCUCUCAACGGAACUGCGGGUGACAACAUCAUAGCAGCUGCCACAGGAAGACUAGCAAAGCGGAGAUCGUACAGGCAUACCAAUAUGGCUUAGCAUUUUUGGAAUUGCAGCAAAGUAGCAUCAAGAAAAAAAACACCCAGAUUUGACAAGGAAAGGCUACCAAAGCAGGUUUGAAAACUGCGGCAGUUAAACAUUGCAGCAACACAGACAAGAUCGUCCUUGCUUCAUUGCCUACUUGAGCUUCGCUUCUAAACAUCAGUAAGUUGUAAAGGUUACUACAGAAUGUUUGCAAGAACCAGCAUCUACUGAGUUUGUAUACGGCAGCUGUUUUUACAUGGAAAGCCCACCACAGUAUAGGUUUGAAAACUGCGACUGUUAAAAUUGCAGCAGCACAGUGAAGAUUGCCUUUGCACCUUUGCAAACCAAAGCUUUUACUGAAAACCAGCAAGUUGUUUAUGGAAGCUGGUCUCCAAAAUCCGGCAAACAAAUAAAAAAAAGCAGGAUUAAUAAUAAAAUUCCGGUACAAAAAAACCGAAACCAUGUGUCCAGUAACACCGUGUGCUACAGACGUUGAUUCCAGUCAGGAAACUCUCAACAUUUGGGGUACCAGUGAAACUCCACCUUAUCAGCUGCAGGACGCCAGCCUGAGAUACGAAUCCAGCUAAUACUAACUGCUGGAUACCGACUGAGUUGGGUCAAUAACAGGGAAACAACCAAUGCACUGAAAUAAUUAGUGAUGACAAUUUCCUGUUUUUUUUUAUUAUAUAUAACCUCAUUGCUGCAUUUUUGUAUUGUUCACGUCAUUGUUAACAAACCAUAAAACGGAAACAUUGAUUUUGUUUUUCCAUUUGGUCAUUUCUAUACAUGCUGCAGAUUUUUUAUAGACCUUAAAGUAGAAGUGGUUUGUGAUACUCAAGGCCCAAGCCAAGCACUUUCUGUCCAAAAACUCAUCAAAUAGUUGAGAAUAAGAACUUUCCAAUUAUGUUUAUUUAGAGUCGAUACUGUAUUCUCAACAUGGGACUGCUUUCAUCUUCAACUAGGGUCAGUCAGAAUAGUCAAUAUUAAAACAAUAUUGUUUUGUUUUCUUCUCAAAAAUUGUGUAUGAAUGAGUGGAUCAAAAGAAAUAACUCAAAACCAAAAAUCAGUUUUUGCUUUUAAGAAAAUGAUAUAUUAUCAAACUGAAAAAGAAGAAGAAACGCUUAAUACUCAGGUGGCAAAGAAUCACACUUUAAUUCCUACAAGUCCAUUGAAAACUACUGAUGAUGGAGAACUUUGAUCAAAAACAUCUGGUUCAUUUGAAGCACUGUUUUGUUGUUCAUUUAUAUAUUAUAUUGUGAAGCCUUUUAGUAUAUUGAAAAUCGAAAUUCUUGGUGGGUGGGUCUGUCUGAUUUUUGUUCAACACUGUCUGUUCUGAAUGGCCCUUAAAUGCCCUUUGACUAUUUCUGAGAAGUGCUUACUUUUGGUGUGGGGUGUCACAUCUUGAGUUAAUAUCACACUGCGCUAACUUGUCUGGCGAAAGCUCCUUUUCACGUCAGCCUGCUUUUUAGAUUGGACCAUCGACUAUUAAAGGCACUGGACACUUGUUAAUUACUCCAAAUAAUUAUUAGCAUAAAACCUUACUUAGU